AUGCCGCCGAAGAAGAAAACAAUAGCAAACAUGGAGGCGAAGAUUGCAGAUCUGGAGCAAGAGUUAUCGUUGAUGAAGGUUGCUUUUUCUGACUCCAUCGCUGAGGUUCAACAAACGGCGAGGGAGAACCAAAGAGCGUUGAUGCAGAUGAUGGAGAAGGUCCUUGGCAAAAAGGUGGUUGAAGUUGAUGAUGGUGUCUCGUCGGCGGUCAAGAAGGCUACAACAUCCUCAGAGUUGAAAGGUGAAGCUUUGGAUGAAUUUAGAAGAUCGGUUAAGAAGGUGGAGUUACCGGCGUUCUCCGGUUGUCACACGUCGGAGGGUCGCCGGAAGGUGACGGUGCGUGGUGGCUUGAACGUCAUUAAUUCUCCAGGUUCGAGCUAG